AUGACACCAAAAGGGGAGUUGGGGGGCGUUUGGGGAACAUCUAGAGUGAGAGUGGGGGUGGAGGGAGCUUGGAGGAGUGGGGGAAAGAGGGAGUGGGGAAAGAGUGGAAGAGAGGAGUGGGGAGAGUGGGCGAGAAAAGGAGUGGGGAGAGAGAAGGAAGGGGGUAAAGAGACAGGGAGUGGGAGGAAGGAGGAAAGGGAUAUGGGGAGAGAGAGAGUGUGGGAGAGGGACUGGGGAGAAUGGUGGAGAGAGGGGAAUAAGAAGAGAGAGGGAGUGAAGAGAAUUGGAGAGAGUGGGAAAGGAGAAAGGGAAGGGGGAGAGAUAGAGAAAGAGGAGUGA